AUGGCCCUUCUCAGUCCGACUUUCCUCCUGGGAGUGCUCGUCCUGCUGUACCUGUCGUCCUUUGUCUUUUUCGCAAUCAUUCGAAUCCUCACUGGCGUCUCCAUACAGCGAAUUGGCUAUCUAUCGCUACGCCGACUCGCCUACACCCCCCGAGAUGGCUGCAGAGUCGAGAUAAGAGGCCUGGGACUCAACAUACACCGGCCGACUUUUGCCCAGCCGACUUGGAUAAGUCUAGUUCUGAACGAAUUGACCCUGACCUUGGAUGUGCGCGACCUCGAUGGACACAAGCGCUUCAACAAAGACGGCAGCCACUACGAAAAAUCCGGAAACGAGGCCUUGCCCGGCGAGUCCGCGCCGCCGCUUAAGCCCCAACGUACGCGCCGAAAAGUCGACACCGAAUCUCGAAGCAAAACGUGGCAAAGGUUGGCUAAGCUCAAGGACAGAAUUAAGCAACUACAUAAGAACAUACAAUGGCUGAGAAUGAUUGAUGUGGUUGCUACCAAUUCGACCGUCAACGUAGUCGAUGUGGGCAGCUUCCAGGUCGGCAACUUUGCCGUGGCCGUUGAUACGAGGCGGAAGAUUGUUGACCACGCUCGGCUCUUCAAAUCUCAUUCGAGGAAGAAGGAGCAACGCCAAGCUGAGUGGAUCAUAUCGAUGCGCAGCGUUCUGUUCACUGCCGAUGGGAGCGAAUCGCUCGAGAUAUUAGACCAUUUGUUGCUCAACGUCCAUGGCUUCUUGUACGAGUUGCGACAAGGUCUCAGCGAUGCUACCGUUUCCUUGAAGCUGGGACGAGUCCAUCUGCCCUACGACGACCUGAGUAUUUGCGCAUCUCGAUUCAAAGAUUGUCGCAGGCAGUCAGACUCGGUUGACCUUGACAACCCCGUGGACGUUGCCCUCCAUCACGUCCCCGAGGAGCCGGAUCACCAAGGCACCCAGCAGGACGACUUGAUGAGGGCGGUGAUGGAUUCAAGAGAAUUUGUCAGUUCCAUCCUGCAGGGCGUCAAGGAGGUCCAAUUUGCAGUCAGUUAUGUUGGCAUGACCCAAAAGAUAGAAUCUGUCAAGCCUGAAGGCUCGCCUAUGCUCCUCAACGCCUCCAUGAAGGAAGUUGGCAUCGAUUUACACCGACUAGAUCCGAAAUCACCCGCCCAUCGCAUGUAUUUCUCACCAAAGGACAUUGCGCACGAAGCUCUUGCAGCCGCACUCUCCCUCUCUGUUGGAAUCGAUGACGGUCACGGCACUCCCCAGCGGCUUUUGUACAUACCCAUGACGACCACCACAGUUAGGACCACCCUUCCAUCCAAAACAAUCCAGCUGGCCCAGGACGGAGCCAUUGGCGAAAAGAAUGCAAAUAUUAUGUUCGCAAAUUCCGUCAUCACCUCGCCGUCCGUGGACCUCGAUCCUGCUCACCUCCCUCUCCUCAUUGCCAUGAUGCAACCCAAACCCAAGGCGCCCAAGUCUUCUCGUGUCACAAACCAUAGCGUCUUGUCCAGGCUCCUGCCAAAAGCGAGUAUCAAAUUCUCCAUGCACGAACCAGUCCUUCGAAUGAAACUUAAACCGCUACAGGACACGAAGGAUUCGGAUGAUUUCGACCUCAUUAUAUCUUCAAUAUCCUCUGUCUCGUUGGAUGUCGAGUCAUCACAUUCGACCAUGGAGGACAUGCACUAUUUUCUGGAUGGCGCUAUGAGGUUGCAGUCUCAUCACUUGUACUACCAGACUUGCACAGGUGAUAGAUUCAACCUCAUUACGACAGAUUCCUUCGACCUCAGGGCACAUUUGGCCGCCAAACCUGACGUUUGUGUCGAGCUUAGCGGCAAUCUGCAAUCAUUUGCUAUCAGCAUGGUACGACCCGAGAUAACCGACGGGCUCCGCCAAAUCGUUCGACAACUUCGCAUCGAUGUGGAACCGGAGAAGCGGUUCAAAUCUAAGACGGCAAAGCAUCAGAACUUCCUGCGAUCUUUUCCCGAUUGGCUGGUUAGGUACCAAAUUGAGGCAACAGACUUCAAUGUCGAAGUAGCUGGAGUAGACGAGGACAUAUCAGACGAUACCAGGGGUGUCACCGUACAUCUGGACUCAUUCUCCGCCGAAUACAGAGCACAUCGUCUAGAUGGGCUCCAGCGACGGCCUGGAAGACGGCGUACUCACAGCAGAUCUAUCACGCAGUCCGACUCAGACUUGACACCGUCACCGGCCUCUCCUCGACCAAGAAAGAAACCACAGACUGCCGGGGACGGCCGUCGGCUUGCACUGCACGCAAAGGGCAUCGAGGCCCAAAUUGUCGAGGGCUCAGAUCGUCUCGAGGUCGAGCCGUUUGUCAAUGUUCCUCGUCUUGAAUUGGCCUUUUCCGCCGCGAGUGACAGCCAUGGUCCAUUGUUCCACAUCCAGUCUACAAUCAAGACAGUCACACUGCAGUAUUCUCUCUACCGACACUACGCAGUCGGUGUCUCUGUUUUGACGUUGCGCAGGGCCUUCAUGCGAACGAGCCGAGAUGCGCCCCGGCCGCAACAACACGGGACGUGCGACAAGAACUACCUGAGGCUACCUGGUAAUCUGGGCAUCCCAGAUGCGGAUAGCUCAUCCACGGUAGCGUCGGAGUUGAUCACGGUCGAUGUCAAAGCAGCCUUGGUUCAAAUCAAAGCGGAGAUGCCCCACGAGCCGCUGAUGAUGCUGCGCGUCUAUGGGCUUGAAACUGGACGUCAUCGAUGGUCAACGCCUUUUUUAACCUCAAAGGUCAUCAGACUCUACGUCGAAACACCGCGCAUGCGAAAUGUGUGGUCAAGGAUGAUUGGUGUCAAGCAUGGCCGUGUCGAUCUUCGUGAGUCAAAACACAAAACCCCCAAAGGUGGCUAUGUGGAGGAGAGGAUGUUCGACGUGGCCACGGAAGCUCUUCGCAUUGCCGUUCCGCACGAGGUCAUCGUUUCCCGCAUCACGGAUAACUUUGUCAAUGUAAUAAAGUCAGUGAAACAGCUUCACCAUCGAUUCAAAACCGGCACAAAUGAGUAUAUUCUUGAGAAGAAGCCCGAAGAACCCAAGAAUGUGCCCAAGGUCUCUGUUCGCUCACGGAACUUUCUCUUGGAGCUCGAAGAUGGUGCGUUUGAAUGGAAAUUGGGUAUCAUCUAUCGCACAGGGCGGGUGGAGCAGACGCAACGACUGGCACGCGAAGAGGCCUUUGAAGCCAAAUCUAGGAAGGUUCAGGAUGAGGACCCGCGAAGAGGUGGAAGUAAGCUCCGUGCUCGGUCGACUCUUCCUCGCGGCCGUGGAGAGCAUUCGGCCUCAUCGUGGUUCAGAAGCAGAAGCGCGGAUGCAUACAAGGCCGACGAUACCGGUCACAAGAUUAAAGGUGGCACCAUGCCUAGAUACGACCCAGACCGAGAACACGUCGGCAUUCAUGGAAAUGCUAAAGUGCCCGAAGCCGAGGCCCACACUACUCUUCAGAGGUUCAACGCUCAGUCAUGGAAAAAGCGCAUCGACAGGGCAUACGAGACGUCAAAAAAGUCUAUGCGUGAGCUGCGUGAUACCUUCUGGGGCCAGAACCAUUUGCCUGAGGACGUGGAAGAGACCGAAAAUAUCUUGGAGGUCUCUCAGCGUCCCGCCCUCAUGUCUGCGCUCAUAUCGGAUCUUCACCUGAUGAUUGACAAGCCUUCCUUUGCCCUGAAGGACUUGCCCAACUUUGUUCACAAGGUGGGCAAGGGAAUGCCGAGGGAUAUGCAAUAUGGGCUUCUUGUGCCCAUGCACGUUGCAGUUCAAAUGGGCGAGGCCCGCCUGACCCUGCGUGACUACCCGUUGCCCCUGUUGCAUAUCCCAGGUCUCAAGACUGGGCAGUCGUCAAGGCUGCAGUCUGUGUCUCUCAAGGCUAACUUUGUCCUGGCGGAAGAAUUCAGGGGACAUGAAUCGACGAGAAAGGUCAGAGUCAAUGUUGUACCUCCACGAAGCAGCGACCCCAAGACAUCCAACGAAGGUUCCUUCGCUAUUGAAGUCCGAAGAACGAUUGGACCAGUCAAGUCCUUCUCAGAAGUGUUUAUGGACAUCAACACAGCCCUGCCAACACGAAUCACUUGGGGUCCCUGCUAUCAGCCUGCCAUUCAGGACAUGAUGAUGGUUAUUGAGUCAUUCACAAAGCCACAGGUCGACCCAUCAGAACGCGUUGGAUUUUGGGACAAACUUCGCCUCAAUACGCAUUCCCGUGUCCACGUGGCCUGGAAGGGAGAUGGUGACAUGCACCUGUCUCUCAAGGGUACUCGAGACCCGUACCUGGUAACAGGAAAUGGUGCCGGGUUCUUAAUGUGCUGGCGCAACGACAUUAGAUGGCACAUCAAUGCCGAGGACGAUCCGAAACGAUUCAUGACCGUGGAUAGCGGCGAGUAUGUGCUUGCAAUCCCUGACUACAGCCACCAAGUCCGCGAAGCUGCCCGUCGACGUGACCAGGAGAAGGGACACGUGACCGAGGAACUGUGCGCAGAUAGCGCCAUUUUUAAGAAGGUGAUUAUGAAGCUCUCGGGCAAAGUGCAGUGGAUGGCCGGCCUGUUGUUCGAGCGUGCCAUCGAAAAUGGAGAGAGAAGCUUCUCGUUUAAGCCUCACUACGAAGUAGUGCUGAAAAACCCCGUCUACGCGAAGCCUGAUGCGGAUGGUCUACCAUACGACGCAAUGAGGGGAUUCAGAAGUCGGCACAUCCAUCUUUCAAUAGCAGUUCGUGCACCCGUCGAUCGGGAAUGGAUGUGUGAAACUACAGAACCAUCUAGGAGCUACAACACAGUCCAUCUUACUCCGCGGUUCUUUACCCAUUUCUUCCAGUGGUGGGGUCUCUUCGGCUCGCCGAUGUCGCUCCCUAUUCGACAAGGGAAUCUCUGGCCUGGGCGAGAGAAGAGCAGCAAGAAGUUUGGAAGGCAUCUUGCCACAGUCAAAUACAACCUGCUGCUAGCUCCCCUGUUUCUUAGCCACAUCUACAAGCACAAGGAUGCCGAAGAUUACGGCGAAAACGCUGUUUCCGCGACUGGCCUAAAAGUCCGCUUUGACAGCUUCAUGCUUGACCUUCACCAACGAAGAGAAGAGUUUAACACACUUGCCAAGGGGAAGAGCACGCAGAGUAGGACGUCCGGGAUUAAGAUUCACGCAGCCCAACUCGAUCUCACUAACGCUGAUGUUCGUGCUGUCUCAGCAAGCUUACGAGGCACCACUACGGAAGCCAUUAGGAAGGGAUCUAUUUCCGCCCUCAUCGCCGAACAAGAUGACAAGCCUGACUUGUCUCGAUUUACCAUCCCUGAUAAUGACUUUAGUUGGAUCGACAUGGAUGACUUUGUAGAGCUGGACUGGAUCCUCCCGACCGAGCCUCAUUCUGACACCAAGAUUUUACCGCUUGCAUUUGCCCCUCGCCUGACGUAUUUCCGGCAAACGGAUAUUGGGGGCAUUAUUGCUGGCGAUCCGACACGAACGAGCCCAUUUGGCAACGAGCCCACACAUUUCUGCAUCAUGACGCACGACGACGACCCGAGACGAGUACAGAGUCAGCUUAUCCGAGAACGACUCGACGAACUGGGCGUUCAGAUGCAGGCUCACUCCCGAAACAUUGGUGAGGCAGAGUUAAGGGUGAUUCAAACCAACGGCGAUGAACCCGAGCAUGUAGACACCUUUGACGCGCUGAAGAAGCAUGCCGGUGUUCUCAAAGACAGGGAAUUAUUCCUGAAAACCAUGCUGGACCAGAUGCAGAGCAAGGCUCGCAUCAACAGCAAUGGACACAGGAGACCGUCAGAGCCAUUGUCAUCAAGUUCCGAAGAUCUGGUUGACGUGCCCCCCACCGCGGAGUUUGAAAGCGAGUUCAAGAAUCGAUUCGUCAUUCACAAUUUGCAACUGAAAUGGAACAACUUGCUGCGGAACAUUGUGCUUCGAUACAUCCACCAAAACAGCCAACGACGUGGAUUCGUCUAUUACCUGUCGCGACCCGCUGUCAAAUUCAUCUUGGAUAUUGUGGAAGAGCAGAGCAAGGCAAAAGCCAACAAGGCUGCCAAAGGCGGUGUUCCCUCAACCUCCAGUGGAAGUACAUCGUCACCCAACCCCAGUGUACCCGGAAAGGAUAGCGCCACGGACCUCGAGGAUCGCAUAAGGAGUAUUCUCGAGGACGGCAGACGCUUCAGAGACGCCUGCUUCGACGUCAAUGGCGAGGUGAAUUGUGGCUCGAUUGCAGACUUGGAGAGCGGCAUUGCGAAGGAGUUCAGCCCACAGAGCAGCUAUCAUGUCCGAUUGAUCGCCCCACAAAUUCAACUCCAAAGCGAAAAGAACAAGAAACACGUGGUCCUCGUUGCCGCCAAAGGCAUGGAGCUCAAGGUUCUGGAGGUCAUGGACAAGGAAAGAAUCUCCGACACGGUCAGCGGUCUGGUCCAGCGCCGUUUCCUGGUCAACAUGGACAGCACACAGUUCUUUGUUGCCCAUCAAAAAUGGUUCCAAACAAGUCUAGUUUCCAUGUAUGCAGGCAGCAAAUAUGGCACGCCGAAUGGGUCCGCUUGGCCGCCAUGGGUUCCUGUGGAAGUAAUGUUCAACUUUCAGACUGAUCCCUUUGGAUUUAAGCGCGUUGUUCAGAAGACAUCCGCCAUGCUACGAUACGACAAGUACAACAACUUGCGUCUGAAGUACAAUGACGAAGUCAACGAAGACGGGGGAGAGGAUUUCGCUUCAAGCGAAAAUGCCGAGUGCCGAUCGGACAAUCUCUGGGUUGAAUUCCCGCAAGCACGGGCACUUUGCAACAGUUCGCAAUACUAUGCCAUGUAUGUCAUCGUGCUGGACCUGCUGAUGUAUAGCGAGCCUCUGGAAAAGACGCGCAACGAGCGACUUGAGAAGAUAAUGCUCGCGUCCGACUUUAGCGACUUGAGCGGAACACCGCGAAUGGUGCAGAAACUCCAGGAGCGCGUCAGACAGCUGGAGGACAUCAAGAACCAUUUCCUGGUCUACUCUCAAUAUCUGGAUAAAAAGGGGUGGGACGACAGACUGGCGCUGGAACGAGACUUGGCGAGCUGCGAAGAUGAACUCUUCUUCAUGAUGAAGGCCAUCACCACGUCUCAGCGCAAAUUCGAGAUCGACAGCGACACGAAUGCGUUGCUCAAGUGGAGUAUUUCUGCGCGAGACAUUGUGUGGCAUCUCAUUCAGGACUCGGCAGAACCACUUGUUGAGCUGCAGCUCAAGGACGUCGAGUACGAUCGCACGGACAACUCUGACGGCUCCCACAUGAAUCUCAUCCGUGUUGGCAAGAUCCUUGGUCUCAACCUACUACCUGAUGCCACGUAUCCGGAAAUCAUUGCACCGUACAGCGGAUCCGACAGGAACAUCGUGACGGGCGACGCUGAACAGGACAUGAUCCGGGUGUACUGGCACAUGCUCGAGGCGAUUGCGGGCAUUCCCGUCAUGGAUCGCUUCGAGGUGAAGCUCGUGCCGAUGAAGGUACAGCUUGAACGAGAAGCUGGCAAGCGUCUGUUUGAGUAUAUCUUUCCUGGCAUGGACGGAGGCAAGGCUUCAAAGGACGACUCGCCUCUCAUGGUCAAGCAUCAAACUCCGAGCGCAGACGAAGUUGAAGUUGAGUCUGCAAACAGCUCGGUGACACGUCUGGAUCCACCAGCACUGGACAAGGACUCGUCCGAAUUCCAUACGAGGUCGGGGUCGUUGGAAUUACGCCUGCGGCCGACGUUGACGUCAAACAAUGCCCAAGAGAGCAGCUCGAAAAAGACACUCAGCGUCAAAAGCUCCGAGGGAGGCGGCCAUGCAUUCAGGCUGUUCCGGUCUGGAAACCCGGGAAAGACGGUGAUAUCCAAGAAGGCGUCUCACGAGUCACUUCGAGGCACGUCUCGACCUGGCGUGCUUGCACGAUCCUCCACGGGUCUCUCGUCGAGGGAUAGCAAGGACUCUGUGGAAACCAAGAAGGCAUCUCGUUGGCGAAGUGGCAAGUCACAGGCAGAAGACAAGCAGCAGUCGGACGACCUCACCAAGAUGAUCGCCCGGGCGAGCAACUACAUGACAUUUGCAUACAUUCGACUGCCGUCGGUGGUUCUCUGCCUGAGCUACAAGGGGAAGGAUCAGCGCAACUUUGAAGACGUCCACGACUUUGUGUUCCGGCUCCCGACGGUCGAGUGGCAAAACAAGACGUGGUCCAACCUGGACCUGGCGCUUGCUCUGAAAAAGGCGGUGGUCAAGGCCCUGAUUUCUCACACGGGCGCCAUCAUUGGCAACAAGUUCUCCAAGCACCGGCCCAACGCGGAGCAGCGGAGCAAGCUACGGGAAAUGGCAAGCAGCUCCGUGGUGAUCACGCCGUCCAGCUCUUCCCAGCACUAUGCCGCAAGCAUCAACGACAGCGACGACUCGUCCAGCUUCUAUGGGACCUCAACAAUCGACUACUCGCGGUCCACACGGGCCGAGAGCACACACGGCAGCAUACCGGCGCCUCGAUCUGCGAGCCGCAGUAGCAGCGUGGCCAGCGGUCGGUCGUACCGAACCGGCGGUUCAUCGCACAACGGCCCCGGCGCCCCGACUUACCUCUCCGUGACCACUCCCCCGACACCGAUCGAGGGGCCCAACGAAGCCGGCAUCGACUUGGUGCGUCCCGCUUCCAGCCACGGCCUCGGCCAUUCCAACCACCGCCGCGUGCUCCGCAGCGUCAGCGGGGGGGACAGUCGGCCGUCCACCCGUGGCGGAAGCGUUGAACCAGCAGACCGUCGCAGAGCCGGUACUCCCAGCCUGAGAAACAGACUCAGUGUCUUUACAGGCCGCAGGCGCGAAACCAGCGGCUUGCCAGAUGGGGUGGAUGACGUGGCCGAGGAUGACGACGGCGCAAAAGACGGUAGAACCCCGCGUGGGAGGAAGCUGAGCUGGGCCCAGGGGCGGACUAAGGCGGGCUGA